UGUAUUCUCGGUCAAGUUUUAUUUCGCUCUGUGAUUUUUAGACAUUUCCAAGUAGAAAUUUCUAAAAUUUCUGCUCAAAUUGGCGUGCAUUUGAUACAAUUAUUUGUUUCUUCAAGUUGCAAGCACACAAAUCCAACAGGAGUUGCAUAUUAACAGCAGUUGCAACUCGGAUUUGAACUUGUUUAUAAUUAACGUAAACAAGAAGAAGCACUAGUGUAACAAUUUUAAACAACAUCCCCUCCACAUUGAAAGACACGAAACAACAACCAACAACAUGGGAAAUGUAUUUGCGAAUCUAUUCAAAGGCCUCUUCGGCAAAAAGGAAAUGAGAAUAUUGAUGGUCGGUUUGGAUGCCGCUGGUAAAACCACAAUUCUGUACAAACUCAAAUUAGGCGAAAUUGUUACAACGAUACCUACUAUUGGUUUCAAUGUGGAGACUGUAGAAUACAAGAAUAUUAGCUUUACAGUGUGGGAUGUGGGCGGCCAAGACAAAAUUCGUCCAUUGUGGAGGCAUUACUUCCAGAAUACACAAGGUCUUAUCUUCGUCGUUGAUAGCAACGACAGAGAGCGUAUCGGUGAGGCGAGAGAGGAAUUGAUGCGUAUGCUGGCCGAGGACGAGCUCAGAGAUGCAGUCCUACUAAUAUUCGCCAACAAACAGGAUCUGCCAAAUGCAAUGAAUGCGGCCGAAAUCACCGACAAGUUGGGCUUGCACUCACUCAGAAACCGCAAUUGGUAUAUACAGGCGACGUGUGCAACCAGCGGCGACGGCCUCUAUGAGGGGCUUGAUUGGUUGUCCAAUCAGCUAAAGAACGCUAAUCGCUAAAUAAACUACAGCAACAGCAACAGCAGCAGCAGCAGCAACAACCACAACAACAAAAUAAUUAUACACUAACAUUGAUUUUAAAAGCAAAGCAGCAAAAUCUUCAACAGCAAAAGCAACAACAACAACAACAAAAACAAAAACGGCAACAAGAAGAAGAAGAGAAGACAACGGCAUUAAAUAAGUGGGAAGUAAUAUCAAGAGGAAGCAUAGCGAACUUUGGGUUCUGCGCAUUUCCAUUUUCCAAAAAAAAAAAAAACACCCGCAAAACCGCGCCGCGCAUAAUUAAAACUUGUUUAAGAAUCGCAAAAACACCGCACUCAAAACAAAAACAAAAAAACACUUUCAAAGCAGCAUCAGCAUAUAAAAGAACGCUAUGAUUUAAAUUUAUAUAUAUAUAAUUAUUGGAUGUUUAAAUGCAAAAAUGAGUAAAAAGAAAACCCAACCACCACAACA